CUUUCCCGGAAGCGGGGAGUCCUGGGCUAUGAGUCGCAAGAGACAGCUCCUGGCGUCUGAGGCCUUUGGAGUGAAGCGGCGGCGGGCGCCGGGGCCCGGGAGAGCGGAUCCUCUGAGGGCGGGCGCAGGUAACCAUGGCAACCCGGGUGCCGCGGGCCCUCGGGUCCCGGCCCUCGGAGGAGGACCCAGGGGUCCGCGCGCGAGGCGGUGGAGGAGCUGGCGCGGCUGUUCCCCCGGGGGCUGUUCGAGGACGCGCUGCCGCCCAUCGCGCUGAGGAGCCAGGUGUACAGCCUGGUGCCGGACAGGACGGUGGCCGACCUGCAGCUGGCGAUGGACUUGGAAAAUGAGUUAGUGGAUCGAGGAGGGGAGCGCUGAGCGGCUGGCCGAGCUGGAGGCGGUAGAUCCGUGUACCCGACCGUUGGCUAUGACGGCUGCAGAUCGUUCAGGCCCUCUGAACACCCGGCAAAGUCAUGAGGCGGAGUGAGACCUGUAGGGAGGCUAGACAGGUGCUGGAUCCCGGUAACCAAGUUCAGAAGGAUCAAGCCGGGCUGCUCCUCGUCAGACAGAAACAGGAGAAGGAGCUUCAAGAGCGUGGAGAGAUCAAGAUCAUCCAGCUAGGCUUUGACUUGGAUGCUCAUGGAAUUGUCUUCACUGAAGACUACAAGACCAGAGUCCUGAAGGCCUGUGAUGGCCGACCAUGUGCUGCGGCAGUGCAGAAGUUCCUGGCCUCGGUACUCCCAGCCUGUGGGGACCUUAGUUUACAACAGGACCAGAUGACACAGACUUAUGGCUUCAGGGACUCGGAAAUCACGCACCUGGUGAACGCUGGAGUCCUCACUGUCCGAGAUGCUGGGAGCUGGUGGCUGGCUGUGCCUGGAGCUGGGAGGUUCAUCAAGUGCUUUGUUAAAGGGCGCCAGACUGUACUCAGCAUGGUACGGAAGGCCAAAUACCGGGAACUUCUCCUGUCGGAGCUGCUGGGCCGCAGGCCCCCUUCAGCAGUGCGGCUCGGCCUUGCUUAUCAUGUGCAUGACCUAAUUGGAGCCCAGCUAGUGGACUGUGUCCCCACCAGUUCUGGAACCCUCCUUCGCCUUCCAGAUACGUGAGAAGUCAACUCUUGGACUCCGUAACUCACUGAGUGCCUUUCGUGGCAGUGCUGCCGCGGGUGCUGGGCAGUGCCAGGCUCUGCUGCGGCAGCAGUGGCCCCACCUGACGGCACCUUGUGCUCUGCACCUCUGUGCUGCUGGGGUGUGCGCCAGGGCAGUGCCAAGGGGACAGGAAGGUGGAGGGAGCGAAAACUGCCCUUCGGGUCAGGUGGAAAUUGCCAAAUAAAAUACUUGAGCCUCU